AUGAUGUUCGGAAACGACCAGCAUGCGUAUAACGAUGGUCAUGACGACAGUCAACACCAUCACGCUGCCGUGCCUUUGGUCGUUCUUCGCCAAGUGCCACCCGUUUUGCGAUAUGAAUCUGGUCCCAUCGAAGCGACUGGGUUAGCAGUCAAUGCGUAUGCCCGGGGAACAGUCCUAAUGAGUUCUCUAUUUCUCGGCCCUGCGCUGUUAAAAUUAGCAUCGGAAGCUGCAGACUGUCAUGAUGGGGAGGAUUGCAGCGGUGUAAAAAUUUAUGGGUUUCGACCGUCGUCAAUUCUGACAAACAUUGCAAUUGCUUCUGGCUUGCUGGGACCAAUAUUAAUGCCCAUCUUCGGAGCAUUUGUAGACCACACCAGAUAUCGCAAAGAGGUGGGUGCUUACAGCGCAGCAGGCUUGACAAUUGUUAAGGGCAUCGAAAUUUUCGUCGGUCCGAAGACAUGGUUCUAUAUUGCUCUCCUUCAAGUGCUUUCCAGUGUAUUUUACAAUAUUCAUGUAACCGCAACCUACGCCUACACAUCAGAGUUGACAAGAAACGCUAACCAGCAAGCCGACUACAACGCUUUUUACAUGACUGUUGUAUAUGUCUCCACACUUCUGUUCAUGGCUGAGGUAAUCUUGGUAUCGAGAUUUCUAGGUACAGAUGAUGUAGGUACCGCUAGAGUAUCGCAGACCAUCACAGCAUUGACUUCUGCACCGAUCUUUUACUUGGCUUGGUCGUCGCUUUUUCGGGAGAAGCCCGCUCUCAAUGAAGUUCCGCCAGGUAUGAACCUCUUGACCUGCGGUAUUCAAAAAGUGUGCAAGACUGCAUCACAGAUUUCAUCCGACUUUGAGGAUUUGAAAUGGCUUCUCCUUUCCAUUGUCUUUGCCGAAUCUGGAAUGAGCGCGUUGAUUACGAUUUCGACCACAUAUAUGACACAGGUACUCAACAUGAGCUCAAGCGAGAUUGGAGUCGUCUUUUUUACCGUUAUCAUUAUGGGUGUUCCUGGGAGUAAAUUUGGAGCAUGGAUCGGGAGAAAAUUUCGUAGCCCAUUGGUUAGCGCAAAACUGGGAAACUUAUUCUUCAUCCUAUUUACCACUGCUGCAUCAAUCUAUCUGAGAUCACCCAACGACAAGAAAACGGUAGCUAUAUUUGGGGCAUUGUGGGGACUUGGCAUUGGCUGGCUAUCUCCGACACAUACGACUGCAUUUAUUUCAAUCAUGCCAACAGGAAGCGAGGCUGAGUUGAUGGGGAACUAUCUCGUUGCUUGUCAGAUUCUAUCUUGGUUACCUCCGCUAGUGUUUACUCUCCUCAAUGAGAACGGGAUCCCAAUGGCAUUUGGAUUAGCAUCUCUCGACUUAUACUUUCUCCUUGGAUUAAUUUGCCUGAUACCGAUCCGUGACUACGCAAUGGUUGAAGAUAUGCAUGAUGUUUCUGUACCUCAGUUUGAGAAUGAGGUCAUGUAA